GGCAAAGGAGGUGCUAAGACCCUGAUGAACACCAUCAUGCAGCUGAAGAAGAUCUGCAACCAUCCGUACAUGUUCCAACACAUAGAGGAGUCUUUUGCUGAGCACCUGGGCUACCCGAAUGGCAUCAUCAAUGGGCAUGAGCUGUACAGAGCUUCCGGGAAGUUUGAGCUCCUUGAUCGGAUCCUGCCCAAGCUCCAGGCCACUGGCCACAGGGUCCUGCUCUUCUGUCAGAUGACCUCGCUGAUGACAAUCAUGGAGGACUACUUUGGUUAUCGAAACUUCCAGUAUUUACGCCUUGAUGGUACCACCAAAUCUGAGGACCGAGCUUCACUCUUGAAGAAAUUUAACGAGGAAGGAUCUCAGUACUUCAUCUUCCUCCUCAGUACCAGAGCUGGUGGCCUUGGCCUCAACCUGCAGGCCGCAGACACAGUCGUCAUCUUUGACAGUGACUGGAACCCACACCAGGACCUUCAGGCCCAGGAUCGGGCUCACCGCAUCGGGCAGCAGAACGAGGUCCGCGUGCUUCGUCUGUGCACUGUUAACAGCGUGGAAGAGAAAAUCCUGGCUGCUGCCAAAUACAAACUGAACGUGGAUCAGAAAGUCAUCCAGGCAGGCAUGUUUGACCAGAAAUCGUCCAGCCACGAGCGCCGAGCCUUCCUCCAGGCCAUUCUGGAACAUGAGGAACAGAAUGAGGUAGAACCUGAAGCUGUGCGGCAAUGCUCAGUCAAUAUUCAGGAGGAAGACGAGGUCCCUGAUGAUGAAACCCUUAACCAGAUGAUAGCCCGCAAUGAAGAUGAGUUUGAGCUGUUUAUGCGCAUGGACAUGGACCGCCGUCGAGAGGACGCCAGGAACCCCAAACGUAAGCCUCGUCUGAUGGAGGAAGAUGAGCUGCCCUCGUGGAUCAUCAAGGAUGACGCUGAGGUGGAGAGGCUCACCUAUGAGGAAGAGGAGGAGAAGAUGUUCGGCCGAGGAUCACGCUGCCGUCGGGACGUGGACUACAGCGACACCCUGACUGAAAAGCAGUGGCUGCGAGCCAUCGAGGACGGAAACCUGGAGGAGAUGGAGGAGGAAAUUCGUCUGAAAAAGCGUAAACGCAAACGGCGCCAGGACAAGGACCCGUCGAGCAGAGACGACGGAGGCAUGAAGGCCAAGAAGAGGCGAGGGCGGCCGCCGGCGGAGAAGCUCUCGCCCAACCCGCCCAAACUCACCAAGCAGAUGAACACCAUCAUCGACACAGUGAUCAACUACAGAGAUGGCAGGUCUGGAAGGCAACUGAGCGAGGUGUUUGUGCAGCUUCCAUCCAGGAAGGAGCUGCCAGAGUAUUACGAGCUGAUCAGAAAACCUGUCGACUUCAAGAAGAUCAAGGAGCGUGUGAGAAACCACAAAUACAGAAGUUUGGGAGACCUGGAGAAGGACGUGAUGCUUCUCUGUCAGAACGCACAAACCUUCAACCUGGAGGGAUCCCAGAUAUACCAGGACUCCAUUGUCCUUCAGUCUGUCUUCAAGAGUGCCAGACAGAAGAUCGCCAAGGACGAAGACAGUGAGGAUGACAGCGAUGAGGAAGAUGAUGACGACUAUGACUCAGAGGCUGAGGCUAAGUCUGUGCGGGUGAAGAUCAAGCUGGGCAGGGAGGGCCGCAGCCACGACAAAGGCAAGAAGAGGCAAAGCCGCGGAAAAGCCAAGCCGGUGGUCAGCGACGACGACAGUGACGAGGACCAGGAUGAUAACGAUCAGUCGGACAGGAGCAAAAGUGACGAUGACUGAGGAGGACCAGCAGCAGUGUGAGGGCGGCGUUUAUAGAGCUUAUAAAAAAAGGACAAUAUCUUUGUUUUCUAUUGUUGAGCUUCACACUGUUCCCUUUGUAUUUGUCCUCUUUGUCUGACUGUAGUGUGUUAUCUUCUCUUCCAUCAACUUUAAAAUGUAUGACUAAUCAAUCAAUAACUUACAGCAAUACCAAUCAGCUUAUUAUCUUGUUUUUAGGAGUUUUCUAGUAUAUUUUUUAUGUCUGUGCUUGCAUAAGGCACAAAAGAAAUAUAUGAAAAAUGGAGAAAAAAAACACCCCACAUUUGGUCAUUAUAUAAAUUCAUCUUAAAGCAUUAAUAUUCCCCACAUUAAAAGAAACAACGUGAAAUUUGAUGUAUUAACAAAAUAUGAAUAUACAGGUUUGAGCAUCCAUGUUUUACGUUUAUGGAGGAAAAAAAUGGUUUUAAGUUUUCAGUUUUUCUUUUCCCUCUACGUUGUGGUGUUGAAAGUGGUAAAAAGUCCUGUUUGUUCCAUACGCAGCAACUUUAAAAAGGCUUAUUUUUUUCUCUUAUAUAAUUUACAGGUAACAUGUAUAAGAAUCUGCAAGAAAUUGUGAGAUUACCCAGAUCUCGCAGGUCAACGGCUCAUUGUCACAGAAAAAUAAUAUUAAUAAUAACAGUUAUAUUAGCCCAGCUUGGUGCACAUUUCUACUCCCACUGUGUUUAAAUAAAUCUCUAAUUUACUGAUAAAAUGCAUGAGUGGAUAAUUAGUGGUUCUGCUUAGUUGUUAUAUUUUCAGUUAGUGGUGAAAUACAUGGAAUAAACAUCUAAGCCCAGAAAUCCUUCAGUAGAAAAGCAGCUUUUAGUUACUUUUAUCGUUACAUAUUUAGAAAAAUCAAAACUGCUUUAAUCACAGUUAAUGGUGAUGAAAUAAGUAUUUAUUUAUUUUUUUUGGUUUGGUUUUUCACACUUAGAUGUUUCAGACCAUCAAACUUACUUUAGUAUCAGAGAAUGCAGUUUUCAGAUGAUCUCUUCUCAUUAAGGGAAAAGGACGAUCUAAAGCUAACGGCUGCCGGUACCACGGACUCAUCAGGCGUUACAUUAAAUGUGUCUUUUCAGUCACCCAGAAAGGAUUUAGUCCACUUUUCUCUGCAGAACUGGUUUAAUACCGUCUCAGUUGGAUUUAAAUCCAGGCUUUGAUUUGCUGCCUUAUUUCCAGCCACUCAGAGGCGGACUGGAUGUGCUUUGGGUCAUUUACCUGCAGCAGACGUUGUUCUCCUUCAGGACCUAAUGGAGAGCAGCAUCAGCCCUGCAGCAUCACCCCACCAUCUCUGGCUCUUAGGAUGACUUUAUUCUCCUUAAAUGCUGUGAGUUUCACACCAGAUGCUGCUGGGAGCACAGAAUCCAGAACGGUUCAGAAAUUAGUUUUCUUGUAGGAUCACUGAGAUUUUAGUUUUUUUUUUCUUAAACCUUUGUUCCUCCAAAAACAUCUGGAAGAAUGAAACCAUCUCUGUAUCCCUGUCCAGGCUAACGGACAUCAGAGCCCUGCUUUUAUUUUGAAAUAGUUUCGCCUGCUUCAUGUUGACACACUGGUAUCCAGCCUGGCUCUGAAACCGAUCCCCCUAUAAAAUAUACAACAGAUAAUUUAUGGUUUAACGAGGACUCGUCAGGUUGGUCUGCACAGCUUUUUGCCUUAAUAGAUGAAAUCCUCAUUUGUCAGACCCAAUAAACUAUUCACAGUAUUUUUGACCUUUUUUUAUAACAAUAGAACUAUCUUUACUUCACUGAGAAACAGUGAAACAGCCUCAUCGCCAAGCAUCGACAUUAUAAAAUUUAUUUGAAUCACUGUUACUCUCCGUAGAGAUGACUAAAAUCCGGUCUUUAAAAUAUAAACAUUUCAACACACUGGGAGAUAAAUGUCAUCCGUGACCAAGACCUGUUAGCUUCUUUAUUUUUUAUUUUAUUUAGCUUUUCAGAUGCUAAACCAACACCCAGCUUUGAUGCUAAUGUUAGCUUUUGUUUAAAUAAGUUAGGAUGCAACAGAGAAGACCAAUAAAAGCUACCAGCUGUGGUUGCCAUUGGCCGGCUCCAGUCCAGACUGAGUCUCUGGCUUUCCUGCUGUCGAUUUUAAAAAGCGACAUAAACAGUCAAAACCAUUCUGAUGGAAUAUCUAAUUUAGCUAAAAAAGGAAAUACAGGAGGUUUGGGAGUAUCUAACACUUUUGGAUUUCUUCAUGUUUUUGCGAUGGACCACAGAUCUGUGGGAAGCGGCUCGUUUUGUUUGGUUAAAUUCAGCUUCCUGAAGGAAAUGUAGCCUCUCAACUCGUGUUGCAUGAAAACUGCAAAAAUCUGUUUUUGUUUUUUUGAAGAUGGUUGACGACAGAUUUUACACAAAACAACCUUUUACUACAUUUAAGACAGAAUUAAAAUGAACUAUAUAUUUUGGAGUGUAUCCAUCUAGUUUGAUAUGUCUGCAAAUUAGUUUUACAGCCUCCCUUUACUGUUUUGUGUGUUUUGUAGCAUGAGCUUUAGACGAAUAUACCGUACACAUGCAGAUUCCUGGUUUCUCUCCGUGUAACCCGCUCACCAGCUCUCUGACUUUCAUUUUUUGCUUUCUUUGCACAGUGUCCUUGUGGUUGUAAUCUCAUAGCCCCGAGCAAAUAAAAAUCAAUGAUUUUCUGCACCAAAAAAA